GGAGCUAAAGAAGAUCCAGAAGAUUCUGAGUCAGAGGGAGGAUGAGGAACUGGAGGAUGAAGAUGAAGAGCAGAGGAGCAGCAGAGAGUCACUGAUGAAGAUCACAGAGAACUUCCUGAGGAGAAUGAAGCAGAAGGAGCUGGCAGAUCGACUGCAGAACAGCUUGACUGCUUUAAAUGUUCAAAAUAAAGUCCAAUCUAGUCUGAAGAAGAAGUUCCAGUGUGUGUUUGAAGGGAUCAGUAAAGCAGGAAAUCCAACCCUUCUGAAUGAGAUCUACACAGAGCUCUACAUCACAGAUGGUGGAACUGGAGAGCCGAAUGAAGAACAUGAGGUCAGACAGAUUGAAGCUGCAUCCAGGAAAGCAGACAGAGCAGAAACAAGCAUCAGACAAGAAGAGCUCUUUCAAUGCCCACCUGGAAGACAAGAACCAAUCAGAACCGUGAUGACAAAGGGAGUGGCUGGCAUCGGGAAAACAGUCUUAACACAGAAGUUCAUUCUGGACUGGGCUGAAGGCAAAGCCAACCAGAACAUCCACUUCACAUUUCCAUUCACUUUCAGAGAGCUGAAUGUGCUGAAAGAGGAGAAGUUCAGCUUGGUGGAACUUGUUCAUCACUUCUUCCCUGAAACCAAAGAAGCAGGAAUCUGCAGCUUUGAAGAUUUCCAGAUCAUCUUCAUCUUUGAUGGUCUGGAUGAGUGUCGACUUCCUCUGGACUUCCACAAGUCUCAGAUCCUAACUGACCCUAGAAAGUCCACCUCAGUGGGUGAUCUGCUGACAAACCUCAUCAGGGGGAACCUGCUUCCCUCUGCUCGCCUCUGGAUAACCACACGACCUGCAGCAGCCAAUCAGAUCCCUGCUGAGAGUGUUGACAUGGUGACAGAGAUCAAAGGGUUCAAUGAGCCACAGAAGGAGGAGUACUUUUGGAAGAGAUUCCAAGAUAAGAAGCAGGCCAGAAUGAUCAUCUCCCACAUCAAGAGAUCCCGAAGCCUCCACAUCAUGUGCCACAUCCCAGUCUUCUGCUGGAUCACUGCUACAGUUCUGGAGGAUCUGCUGAAGAGCAGAGAGGGAGGAGAGCUGCCCAAGAGCCUGACUGAGAUGUACAUCCACUUCCUGGUGGUUCAGGCCAAAGUCAAGAAGAUCAAGUAUGAUGGAGGAGCUGAGACAGAUCCUCACUGGAGUCCAGAGAGCAAGAAGAUGAUGGAGUCUCUGGGAAAACUGGCUUUUGAGCAGCUGCAGAAAGGAAACCUGAUCUUCUAUGAAUCCGACCUGACAGAGUGUGGGAUCGAUAUCAGAGCAGCGUCAGUGUACUCAGGAGUGUUCACACAGAUCUUUAGAGAGGAGAGAGGACUGUACCAGGACAAGGUGUUCUGCUUCAUCCAUCUGAGUGUUCAGGAGUUUCUGGCUGCUCUUCAUGUCCACCUGACUUUCAUCACCUCAGGAGUCAAUCUCAUGGAAGAACAGAAUAUAUCAGUCCAGUUCUAUCAGAGUGCUGUGAACAAGGCGUUACAGAGUCCAAAUGGACACUUGGAUUUGUUCCUCCGUUUCCUCCUGGGCCUUUCACUGCAGACCAAUCAGAGUCUCCUAAAAGGUCUGCUGACACAGCCAGGAAGUAGUUCACAGACCAAUCAGGAAACUGUCCAGUACAUCAAGGAGAAGAUCAGUGAGAAUCUGUCCGCAGAGAAAAGCAUCAACCUGUUCCACUGUCUGAAUGAACUGAAUGAUGGUUCUCUAGUGGAGGAGAUCCAACAGUUCCUGAGUUCAGGACGUCUCUCCACAGAUGAACUGUCUCCUGCUCAGUGGUCAGCUCUGGUCUUCAUCUUACUGUCAUCAGAAGAUCUGAAAGUGUUUGACCUGAAGAAAUACUCUGCUUCAGAGGAGGCUCUUCUGAGGCUGCUGCCAGUGAUCAAAGCCUCCAACAAAGCUCUACUGAAUGCCUGUAAUCUGUCAGAGAGAAGCUGUGCAGCUCUGUCUUCAGUUCUCAGCUCUCAGUCCUCCAGUCUCAUAGAUCUGGACCUGAGUAACAACAACCUGCAGGAUUCAGGAGUGAAACUCUUGUCAGCUGGACUGGAGAGUCCACACUGUGAACUGGAGACUCUCAGUCUGUCAGAUUGUCUGAUCACAGAGGAAGGCUGUACUUCUCUGGCUUCAGCUCUGAAGUCCAACCCCUCCUAUCUGAGAGAGCUGGACCUGAGCUACAAUCAUCCAGGAGAGGCUGGAAUGAAGCUGCUUUCUGCUGCACUGGAGGAUCCACACUUUAGACUGGACACUCUCAGGGUGGAGCCUGCUGGAGACCAAUGGUUAACUCAAGGUCUGAGGAAAUAUUCCUGUUGCCUCACAAUCGACACAAACACAGUGAACAGAAACCUCAAACUGUCUGACAACAACAGGAAGGUGACCUUUGAGAAGGAGCUUCAGUCAUAUCCUGAUCAUCCAGACAGAUUUGAUCACUGGUAUCAGCUGCUGUGCAGAGAUGGUCUGACUGGUCGCUGUUACUGGGAGGUUGAGUGGACAAAUAGAGUUUCCAUAACAGUGAGUUACAGAGGAAUCAGAAGAAAAGGAAACACUAAUGACUGUUUCUUUGGGGAGAACAAUCAGUCCUGGAGUCUGAUCUGCACUGAUUAUGAUGGUUUCUAUGUCUGGCACAAUAAUAAUAAGACACCAGUCUGUUCUUCUGUCUCUUCCUCCCUCAGGGUAGCAGUGUAUGUGGAUUAUCCUGGUGGUAUUCUGUCCUUCUUCAGAGUUUCCAGUGACUCACUGAUCCACCUUCACACCUUCAACACCACAUUCACUGAACCUCUUUACCCUGGAUUUGGGCUCUGGCCUGGUUCCUCAAUGGUUCUGGGUUAAUUUCAGUUGUAAUGUUCUGGUUCUAUUAGAGAAACUCUUUGUUUAUCAGAUGGCCCAGUAUUAUUUACAAAACGAUUUUCAGAUGAAUCUAUUUUGCCCGUUUCUUUCUGAAACUUAUAUCAUAUUAAUUUCUAUUAAACUUCUUUCCCCUUCAAUUCUCAUAGAUUGAAGAUGCUGUUUUUCCAGAAUCCGAAUGUUGUUCUGUUCCGUUUCCAGUCAUAGAAUCGGUGAAUGUCAUGUUUCUCUGAAGCUAAAUAAAUGUUGUUUUUGAAUGCUCACAAAGGGGAAUACGAUGAUUACAAACUAGAUAUAGACUUUAAAAGUUUACACCAGUUGCUUUCAAUCAAAGUUUAUCAUCUUAAGAAUGUAUGCAUUCUUUGGUAUUAAUUUAAACUCACAUUUUAUAAUUUAUCUUCUUGAAUUCUAUAGCAAAUUAUUUAUAUAUUUAGGUCUGAUCAAUGCUACUCUUUUUUUCUAAUUUGUAAUUUGAAAGUUUUUCUCAAUAAAUCAUUUC